CGUGUUACACCUUUAUUGCCGUGGGCGGGAAGUCUACGUCUUCGGCCAGUGGCCAUUACAUUUGGCCAGGUAGAGAUGGGAAGAUCAACAUGCCAGGCUGGAGCUUGAAAAUUAUAGACGACAGAAAGAACUAUUCACAGCCUGAAAGGACGAAACGCUCUGUUGACUGACCCAUCACGUGCGAAGUGAUGGUCUCUGGCUUACAAUUGGUCUGUCUCUUUUGGUCAGUCUGCUGGGGCCUACGUGAACAAUGGUGCAACUUCCAGGACACCGACUGCCACUUUACCUUAAUAGUGGACUAUGGGAUGACCAUGAUGGACGGGAAGAAACUCGUCAAAGCAAUAGAUGGACAGUUAUUUCAGAAACAACGUCCGUGCAUAUACAUGGUCAGCAUCAGACUGGCUCGCCUUUCAGCGAUGGAGUUCCCUUUGUGACACAAUGUCCAAUACUUCCUGGACAACAGUUUGACCAGACAUUUAUUGCUAAUCCAGAGGGAUCAUUUUUCUACCAUUCUCACAGUGGUCCUCAAAUGACCAACGGGCUGUAUGGACCAUUUAUAGUUCAUCCAAGGUCUAGAUCGAAAGAUGUGGUGGAUAAAGAAUUCAUUCUGAUGUUCCACGACUGGAAUCACGAAUGGGACUCCACCAUGAUGGCGGCUAAAAUGAGAUGGGGGUUCUACACCAAGGGAAAGAAGCACCCGACAUCAAAAACUCUAGCAAACAUUCAUUAUAGUGGUUUCAUUUUCCAAUCUGGUCUAAUAAAUGGCAAAGGUCGUUUCUUUGACAACUCCGGCAGCCAUAAUGGUGCUCCACUUUCUUUGUUGACCGUGACGACAGGCAAAAAAUAUAGGUUUAGACUGUUUCACCCUGGUGAUGUGUAUCCCUUCCGAGUGUCCAUUGACGGCCACAACCUUCUGGUGGUAUCCUCUGACGGUGCCGACCUGAUGCCGUUCGAAGUUGAGUCUGUUAUCGUGCACCCUGGGGAACGCAUCGACGUGAUAGUCACGUGCAACCAAACGACGGAUAAUUAUUGGAUCAGAGGACAGACGUUGGAGGUGGAACACAGUCAUGUGGCUGAGGCUAUAUUAAAUUACGAAGGUGCCCCUAAUGACACAGAGCCAACGACCAAGAGGUCCGAGUGUACACAAGAGCUAUCUUGUCGUGUGUUCAACUGUCCAUUUUUGUACUAUCCACUUGGAAGUUUCACAGAGUGUAUCAACUUUGACCAAGUUCGAUCUGUUAAGUCACAAAGACUUGAGCCUACAAAUGGAAAACCUAUUGUGGAAUAUUUUAUGAAUUUCGCCUUCCCUGGACAUGACGAGACCCCGGGCUCUGUCAACGGCAGAUCAUUUGUAGACUUUCCAAUGGCUCCACUGGUUCAGCCUCACGAUCCAAGAUCAAGCUGUUCGCGAGAAGAUUGUGGCAACAACAAGAUCUGCCACUGCCCUUACUCUGUCUCCUUCUCGGAGGGAGACCUGGUGCAGCUGGUGUUUGUCAACAUGGGCGCUGGGCGAGGCUGGGACCACCCCAUUCAUCUCCAUGGCCAUUCAUUUCAAGUGGUCAAAAUAGGUUUCCCUGUUUACAAUCAAUCUUCAGGGGAGUUUUUAAACGAGAACGCUGAUAUCAACUGUGGCCAGGGAGAAAAAGGCGCUGAAAGUUUCUGUAAUGAUGCUAAAUGGGCCAACAGGAGCUGGAGUUUGGACGGCAUACCGGACAUGGAACUUGACCACCCACCUGUAAAAGACACUGUUGUCGUCCCUUCAGGUGGAUAUGUUGUAACAAGGAUAAAAGCCAACAACCCAGGACUUUGGGUCAUUCACUGCCACAUCAACCUGCACAUGAAUGACGGCAUGCUGGCUCUGCUGAACGAAUCCUUCACCAAGUGGCCAGCGCCACCUAGCGGUUUCCCUAGAUGUCACAACUUCAUUGAUGUUACAAUGGCUUCUGAUCAGCAAUGGCUAGUGAUGUGAUUGACAUUGGAACUUGUUGUGAUCACUUAGCAGUGGAUGAUGAAAUUUCUUGCUGUUAAAUGAUGACGCAAUCUAAGGCACACAUUUUAGCCAAUCAGCGAAUUUUCGCAUUUAGUUUACGACAUAGACUUAUCGUUAAUAAAGUAUUAUGCCUACAUUAUUCGUCUGCUGGUCCUGAGCUCAAGUAGUGAAUGCUGCGUUACAAGGCUGCGUAUUGAUUUUGAAAGGGAAUGAACUCUGCAUUCAUUUGCAUUGAAUAUUUCAGUUAUCUUAUCUUGUUAAAAGAACGUUUAUGACAUUAUUCUUACGAUAUUGAGAUAAGAUAGUUCUAAUAUCUAAGACAAUAAUGUAGAAGAUCUAUCUGCGUGAUUGAAUUAUGUGUUAUGUAUAAAGUAUAUGUCUUAUAAUUUACAGGUGUCUUAAUAUGCUAUCUUGUCUUCUAAUUUACUGCUAAGUAAAUACAUUAUCUUGUCCUUCAAUUGAUUGUUGUAACUUGUAUUAAUAUCAUAUCUUAUAAUGUAUUGUGUAGGGUACCCCGUCAAAAUAGCGCGGACAAAAUAACGCCGACAAAAUAGUGCGAACAAUAUAGCGCAGAAAAAAAGUAUAUUUUAGUCAUUUUGAAAGAAAUACUUUAGAUAUCGUAAAAUAUGAAUAGAACCAAUAUUUCUUUUUUUUUGGUUUUAAUGUUAUCAUAAUUUUUCAGUCAUUUUGCAGGAAACACUUUAGAUACCAGUAUCUUCAAACACAAAUAAAUAAUUUUGCUGGUAAAGUGAUUUCCUCCAAAGUUUGACGUGUCGGUAGUGAAACCUGUUCGCGUUUUCCUUUACGUUCAUAGUUCUCUGUGAAGCAGUAAAUGUUGGCAUCUUUGUUAUUGCUUCAUCAGACAGUGUUGGCAUCAUAGUUAUUGCUUAAUCAUACAAUGUUGGCAUCAUAGUUAUUGCUUCAUCAGACA